ACGGUGAGGUAUACGCGAGUUCUCCCGAGGACCACGAAGGAUUCGACUCGCGUAAUAAGGAAACGACGUGGACAGACGCGAGAUGACGGCGAGAAUCGCGGGCGAUUGAACGGAAACGACGGGGAUUCUCUGUCGAGUGCAACGAGAUAUAAAACUGAAUGCCAAAGAUGUGGAAAGCAAUGUCGAUUCUGAGUGUUCUAGUGACGUUGAUAAUAACGAGACUUGCGACAGCUGACUAUUACGACUAUUACGACUAUGGCCAAGGCCAAUACAGACAGAGCACUGCCCCGUUCCAAUGCACGAAGGAAGGUUAUCAUCCCGAUCCGCGUGACUGCAGAAUUUAUUACAGAUGCGUGGACUGGGGCAACGGUAGCCCGUUGACAUCCUUUAGGUUCGAGUGCGGCGUAGGUACUGUAUUUUCGAAGACAAAAGGAGAUGUUUGCGUGCAUCCGUGGGACAGUGGACGACCAGAAUGCGCUGGAUCGGAGAAUGAAAUCGAUUCGAACAUAAAUGGUCCUUCAGUGGUUUCUUCUACAACGAUGAGAACGACUACGAAGCGACAAACAACUACAACACAGACUCUGAUGACUACACGGACACCUACGACCACGACCCAAAUUACUACGACGACAAUGAAGACAACAACCAGAAAACCGGAAACGACGAGUCGACCAAUCUCAGAACAAUUAGAGAGUAAUGUUAAUUGUCAAGAAGGGCCCACAUGUACUCAAGAAGGAUUUCUGGCCGAUUCUUGUGACUGCAGAAAAUUCUACAGAUGCGUUGACGGAGGACAAGGAAAGAUGUUGAAAUAUGAUUUCACAUGCGGCGUAGGAACUGUUUGGGACCCAGAGAUUCAAGGGUGUAAUCACGCAUGGGCUGUUACGAGAAAAAACUGUAAGCAGGGCUUAGAGAACGGCGACAGCAGCGGCGGCGAUAAUAAUGGACAAUGGAAUGGAGAUAAUAGUGGACAAUGGGACGGAGAUACGGGAGAUAAUGGCGGACAAUGGAACGGCGAUACUGGAGAUAAUGGUGGACAAUGGAAUGGAGAUACCGGCGGCCCAGGCCAGCCUGGUCAACCAGGGCAACCAGGAGAUCCUAAUGGUCAACCCGGGCAACCAGGAGAUCCUAAUGGUCAACCAGGACAACCUGGAGAUCCAAAUGGACAGCCUGGAAGUCCAGGAACACCAGGUACGCCAGGCUCACCCGGAUAUCCGGGAACACCGGGCUCUCCAGGCACUCCUGGAAGUCCAGGAACACCAGGUACUCCAGGUAGUCCAGGCUCACCCGGUUAUCCGGGAACACCAGGCUCACCAGGCACUCCUGGAAGUCCAGGGACACCAGGUACUCCAGGUAGUCCAGGCUCACCCGGUUAUCCGGGAACACCGGGCUCUCCAGGCACUCCUGGAAGUCCAGGGACACCAGGUACGCCAAGUAGUCCAGGUUCACCCGGUUAUCCGGGAACACCGGGCUCACCAGGCACUCCUGGAAGUCCAGGGACUCAAGGUACGCCAGGUAGUUCAGGUUCACCCGGUUAUCCGGGAACACCGGGCUCUCCUGGAAGUCCAGGGACACAAGGUCAGCCAGGUAGUCCAGGCUCACCCGGUUAUCCGGGAACACCGGGCUCACCAGGCACUCCUGGAAGUUCAGGAACACCAGGUACUCCAGGUAGUCCAGGCUCACCCGGUUAUCCGGGAACACCAGGCUCACCGGACACUCCUGGAAGUCCAGGGACACAAGGUCAGCCAGGUAGUCCAGGUUCACCCGGAUAUCCGGGAACACCGGGCUCACCAGGCACUCCUGGAAGUCCAGGGACACAAGGUCAGCCAGGUAGUCCAGGUUCACCCGGAUAUCCGGGAACACCGGGCUCUCCAGGCACUCCUGGAAGUCCAGGGACACAAGGUCAGCCAGGUAGUCCAGGCUCAUCCGGUUAUCCGGGAACACCGGGCUCACCAGGCACUCCUGGAAGUCCAGGGACACAAGGUCAGCCAGGUAGUCCAGGUUCACCCGGAUAUCCGGGAACACCGGGCUCACCAGGCACUCCUGGAAGUCCAGGGACACAAGGUCAGCCAGGUAGUCCAGGCUCACCCGGAUAUCCGGGAACACCGGGCUCACCAGGCACUCCUGGAAGUCCAGGGACACAAGGUCAGCCAGGUAGUCCAGGCUCACCCGGAUAUCCGGGAACACCGGGCUCACCAGGCACUCCUGGAAGUCCAGGGACACAAGGUCAGCCAGGUAGUCCAGGCUCACCCGGUUAUCCGGGGACACCGGGCUCACCAGGCACUCCUGGAAGUCCAGGGACACAAGUUCAGCCAGGUAGUCCAGGCUCACCCGGAUAUCCGGGAACACCGGGCUCUCCAGGCACUCCUGGAAGUCCAGGGACACAAGGUCAGCCAGGUAGUCCAGGCUCACCCGGUUAUCCGGGAACACCGAGCUUUCCAGGCACUCCUGGAAGUCCAGGAAUACCAGGUACGCCAGGUAGUCCAGGCUCACCCGGUUAUCCAGGAACAGCAGGCUCACCGGACACUCCUGGAAGUCCAGGGACGCCAGGUACGCCAGGUAGUUCAGGUUCACCCGGUUAUCCAGGGACUCCAGGUACGCCAGGUAGUCCAGGCUCACCCGGUUAUCCGGGAGCACCAGGCUCCCCAGGGAUUCCUGGAAGCCCAGGGACUCCUGGAAGCCCAGGAACUCCAGGCACGCCAGGUAGUCCAGGCUCGCCCGGUUAUCCGGGAACACCGGGUUCCCCAGGCAGUCCUGGAAGUCCAGGGGCACAAGGUACGCCAGAUAUGUCAGGAACAAUCAGCAAUCAGCCGGGUACAGGUAUUUGUACUAAAGAAGGCUUCUUUGGUGAUCCGAAAGAUUGCCGCAAGUUUUAUCGAUGUGUUGGAGACGGCGCUUCAUUUACUAAGUAUGAAUUUCAAUGUGGAGUUGGAACUGCUUGGGACUCAUCCGUUCAAAGCUGUAACCACGAAUAUGCUGUACCACGAUGCAGUCAGCAAAAUAAUGUAGUAACGAGCGAACCCGAUACAUCACAAAAUGAAGUAGAUAGUACAAAUGAACCAGAUACGUCUGCGCAACCGCCAGUGCAACCGCCUGCAAGUUCCAUCGUCCCACCAGAAUCUUCAACAUCUUCAAGACCUGCAGCUGUUAGUACUACGAGCAGACCUCAAACAUCGAGCCAGAUUUCGUCAGUUUCUUAUUUGCCGCCAUCAAGUACCACAAAUCUGCCUUCAACACAAACUGUCUCGUCAGUUUCUUAUCUACCUCCCUCGACUCAAACAACCACAUCUGUAUCUUAUUUACCACCUGAUACAACUACAUCUACGACUAUGAGGCCUACAACGAGUGUUACACCAAGCUCAGAGUCAUCUACCGUUUCUUCGCCUCAAGGUGGAAAAUUUGAAUGCCCCGGAGAAGGUUUCUUCCCAAAUCCUGACGAUUGCCGAAAGUUUUAUCGUUGCGUUCAAGGCAACUCUGGAUACCAGAAAUACGAGUUUCAAUGUGGACCGGGAACAGGAUGGGAUCAAUCUGCACAAACGUGUAAUCAUAUCGGGCAAGUAUCCUCAUGUUCCACGGAGAGCAAUGAAAUCGAUCAAGGCCCCAGACCCAGUACGUCUAGUCCCGUGCCUCAACCUCCUCCUACAAGCAGUUCCACAACAGCUGCUUCUAGUCAGACCACUGCCAUCACUUCAUCGUCCGCAGUUCCUUCUACGGAAAGCGCUACAAUCGCCAGUACUCCGAGCGAAACGUCCACAGCAGAAGCAACUACAUCAAGAACCGAUAAAACCGAAACUUCGGUAACAACGACAACUGCGAUCGCUACUACCAGCAGCAGCAGUGAGACAUCUCCCUCAGGAAAACCAGAAGAAAUUCAAAUGCCUGCGAGCUCUAGUACGGAGAGUUCGUCCGAAUCUUCCGAAUCCUCAGAACAGUCAUCUACUCCCGAAUCAUCGAGUGAAGGAUCAUCUUCGUCUACCGAGUCGCACGUGCCUGACUGCACGACGCGAAAGCCAAACGACACGAUAGCGUGCAACAACGAAGGCUUCUAUCCGCACCCGACCAAGUGCGACAAGUUCUAUCGCUGCGUCGACAACGGUAACGGCUUCAACGUGUACCACUUCGACUGUCCACCAGGCACCAUCUUCGAUCCUAGUAUCAACGUGUGCAAUUACCCCGAGUCUGUUUAUCCUGCGAGAGAUUGCACUCCUUCGAGCGGUACUCCAGCAGCGGAAUCAACGACACAGCCUGAAUCGCCGGAACAAUCCACGUCGAUGGAGACUACCGUCGCCUCGAGCGUGACAACUCAACAGCCGGAAGAAAGUACAAUCGCGUCCACCGAACCCGUUUCCACAACUUCGUCCGAGGAAACCACCACUUUGAAGCCGAGUACGACGACUACCACUUCUAGUACGGAAGUAACGUCGGAGAUGCCAGAAAGUACGGAAGGCACAACGGAAUCGACAACCGAAUUGACCACUGUCGCUACCGAAGGAAGCACCGAUUCCAGCAGCUCCGAACAAACCACCGAGGCCACGACCGAGGAAAUGUCCACGGCCUCUAUGGGAUCGACGGAGUCCGAAGUAUCCACGACCGAAUCCCAAGAGCAGUCCACGACGGAAUCCCAAGAGCAAUCGACAACGGAAUCCCAGGAGCAAUCGACGACGGAAUCGCAGGAGCAAUCGACGACGGAAUCGCAGGAGCAAUCGACGACGGAAUCCCAAGAGCAAUCGACAACGGAAUCCCAGGAGCAAUCAACGACGGAAUCGCAGGAGCAGUCGACGACCGAGUCUCAGGAACAAUCGACGACGGAAUCGGCAACGGAAUCAACAACGACCGAGCCUGUAGCUGGAGCAAUGCCUUGUCCCAUUGGCAAUCUAACUGACGACCAGAUAACUCUGGUCUGCCCGACCGGCUUCCGAAGGCAUCCCAAGUAUUGUAAUCUCUUCUAUCAAUGCGUCUCCGAAGGCAACAUGGAAAUCAAGAUUCUCGUGUUGGGCUGUCCCGAGAACACGAUCUUUGACGAAAACAAGAUUCAGUGCUUACCGGCGAGCAACAGCAGUCAACCGUGUACAGGUAGCCGAGCCAGCGCCAGAUUUUACAGGAGAUUAGAGGACAAUGCAUUAUCGCCCAUGAAAGUAUCGUCAAAUGAACUUUGCCCUGGAGAAGGACACUUCCCAUACCGGCAAGGUUGCACCAAUACCUUCUACAAGUGUAAGCGCGACUCUCGGGACAGUUUGCAAGGAUAUCUCUACAAGUGUCCCGAGAACUUCGUUUACUGGUCGGUCUCCAGGAGAUGCGAGCGUGUGACGCGUCUGCCGAUGUGCGCGCACUUGGCGUACAGAGGCAAGACCGAUUGGAACGACCGGUGGCAAGUGCCAGUCGAAGAUUAUAAUCUUUCCGCCAGGAUGUUGCGCUUGCCUUGAGCUACUCGACAAACACCGCCUCUAUCUUUCCGACCUAUCUCGCGUUUAACUUUCGUUAGAUACAAGCUCGCCAUAAGUGUCUGAAGUGACAGUAUACACAUAAAUCCUCAGGUUAAUCCUCGCGAUUCCCGGUGAAGAUUGAAGGACACCGUAAAAACGAAGCGAGAUCAUAUUAAUGCAGGCGGUUUAGAAUCGUUAAAAAUAGACCGUAGGACAUUCAGGGAAAAAAAAUCAGUAACUUGUCUAAAUGUCUAGAAUUUUUGAUCCGAGCAAGAGAUGAUUCUGAAGGUCCUCUUUAUUCCAGCGCGAAGUUCACAUCUCCGCUGGAGCGAGUUUGCUGCCAUAAUUUCGCGGUACUUCGUGAAACUGCGUAACGACAUGGCUGCGGAAGAUCUCCACUGAGAAGUUAAUAACAGAUCUUCAGCAGCCAUCUCGUAUCAGUCUCGUAUCAGUCAAACUGCCAUUAUGCUAUUCUUAGUUAGCGGUAUAUGUUACGAGUUACGAUAACGAUCGCACUAACGAUUAUCAACUUGUACGAGCACAUGCGAUUUUGUGACUCGAAUCGAAUCGGAAAAACAUAUUUUUAACUGAAUUGGAACUUGUUUGUUCCCACGAAUAAUAUGCAACUCUGUUCAAUCGACCGUUUAGAUUGAUUUCCUUAUCACUUGGGUAAGUGAGAAAAUAGAGAUAACAUAUGUGUCGACAUAUACAUAAUAUUCGUGCGAAAUAAGCGAGUUCCAAUUUUCGUAAGACUAUUAUAAGACUAUUAUCGUUUUGUAAUUAGUCGUACAUGAUAUUGGGAAUGGUUGCGGGACUAGUAUGCAAUAUUUCGAUGUACGCGUAAUGACGUUCUCAUAUUUAUUAAGUCGUCGCGAGUUUGUCUUCCGCUGAAGAUGUUGACGAGAGAAGCGUAUCGUUAGCGAAUCUUUCGAAUUUCGUCAAGUGGUAAUUAGUUUUCUGCAGGAUAUUCUUAGGAUAUAUUCCAUAGAAUAUUUCUUACGUGCGAUAUGUAAUACGCGCGUUGUACAUAUCUUGACAUGUUCCCUCAUGGGAAACCAAUGCUUAUUCAUUGUUUACGUGUCUCGAUGCAUUUAUCGAGAUUCGCAGUAGAAUUAUAUAGAAUACGCGUACCGUAUAAAAUAGAUUAGUGUAAUUAACAUUUGUCCAUUCGAAAUUAACUGUGCCUCUUGUGUGUUUAUACCCGAUCUCUACGUGAAACGUGUAUUAAUAAAGAGCGUAAA